GAAAAGCAUGCUAUCACAACGCGUGUGACCCGAACCUCAGAGCACUGAGUGGAUAUACAUGUGCUACACGAAAUCCCAUUUUGUAGCGGACAAUAGGAAGUUUUCUCCAUCUACAGAUUUGUAGUCGAUGUUUGUGUGGUUCCACGUUCUCAACUUGAUCCUAUGGAUGACAAACUUCCAGAGAUCCGAGACUGCACAGACUGUUGCACCCCAGGAAAGCUCAAAGAAACCGAUUAUUCGCCAGCCACCAACAGACACCUAUUCAGCGGAUGGUGUACUAGAGUUCGUUUGUCAAGCUGAUGGUGUUCCAAAACCGGUCAUCCACUGGUACGAUGCAGGCACAGGUCAGACUGUUAUCGACCGCGUUCCCACCAGUGGCUCGACAUCGGGAAUUCACGUCAAUCAGCAUUACGGUCGAUUGAUGAUUUCAAACCCUACACGGGACAAGGUCUACACGUUCUACUGCAACGCUUCAAACAGUGCCGGGUGGACAGUGAGUCACCCACCAGUCAAAGGAGGCCUAGCCUAUCUGGAUUCUGUUUUCCGUCAACUUCCAUUAGACAAAACUGUGCACGAAGGUGAUCGUGUUUUGCUUGAGUGUGUACCACCGAAAGGAGUUCCGAAGCCAUACGUACUAUGGCUGCGAGAUGGAAAACCCUUUGCCAUGAAAGGUCACUUACCACAGCCUGUCAAUAUCACUUUGCCGAGUUUACCGUCCGUAAAGGUGACCGAACAAGGUGAACUUCAGUUUGAUUCUGUUAGGCUCUCUGAUUCUGGAUCGUAUGUUUGUGUUGCGGGAAAUAUUAUUGGUAAAACUCAGUCACCUGCAGCAAAACUUACCAUUCAGCCGCGUGUGCGCUUCAUUGAGACACCCAAAGAUGUUCGGGCCCGUCAGGGUAUGGACGUGAAAUUCAGAUGUCGGACAGAGGGGAAUCACUUGGUGCAGUGGGGCAAAGGUCAAGAUGGUGGUGGAAUUAUCGAUCACACACGUACUGAGUUGGCCGAGGGUUAUCUACUACUAAAAAAUGUUCAGCCCAGUGACGCUGGUGUUUAUGUUUGUACCGCACCUGGAGGGAUUGCUGCCGAUGCUCAACUAACCGUUGAAACUCCCCCAACAUUCUCUCGGACACCGGACGAUUUGACAGUUCAUGAAGGUGAUGUUGCUGUCUUUCAUUGUAUCACAAACGGUUACCCAAAGCCAUCGAUCUACUGGGAAUUGCCUGAUAAAACACCAAUUUUUCCGUCAGAUCAUUUAACUGCAACGAACAACAACAAUCGAUUUUAUCUUCACAGUGAUGGGCGUUUGGAAAUCAGUCGUGCUCAGCUAAGUGAUUCAGGAAAAUAUCAAUGCACUGCGCAUUCAUCCAUUGACCGGAUUCAUUCCAGUGCUAUCCUUCAUGUCAUCCCAGAUCCCCACGCAAAUACAGAAAGCAAGAAAUCAGAGGGACCGCACACGAAUCUAGGGAACUCCAACACCCAUGCUCAUUUCCCUUUUGCUCCAAUCAUCGGCUUACCUCCUGCGAAUCAGACUCGCACUGUCGGCGAUGUUGUCACUCUGGAUUGCGAACUCAGUAUCAGUCGGGCAAGCGUCCAAGCAGGCGUGCACGUGCAUAAACAGCCGAUGGGAAUUCAGAGCUCAGAUUGGACUGUGAACUGGUAUCGAAACACUGCAUCAACCGGACACGAGACUGAGCUGUUGGAUUUUUCUGGUUUUGCUGACGUGCAACGUUACAGUCUUCUACCAGGGGGAAGCUUGCAAAUCGUCGAUGUUCAACUGAAUGAUGCUGGAAGCUAUACCUGUUCGGCACACACAUUAGUUCGCCUCUCUUCGUCAAAACAUGACGCUCCCUUGAUGUUGCAGUCUAACUGGACAGCAUAUUUGAACAUUGUGCCAUUUGGGACCCUAAUACCACCCGAGUAUGGUCAAGAAAACCCACUGUCACCACCGAGAAAUGUUCAUGUGACCAAUCACACUGACACAACCGUUACAUUGGCCUGGGAUGCGGCCAACUGGAUUGAUCCUGGUGUUGGAUCACGUGACUCAGGGGAUCGAUUUGACGGACAUCACAUCCCGAUAACCUAUUGGGUCGAGUUUUACCGUGCUGACCGACCCUUGGAAGGUUGGAAGACCGUGGAACAGAACUGGCAAGCGAACACGGUAAAAAUUGGUGGCUUAGAGACCAAUACUGUGUAUUACUUUCUGAUUCGCCCUCGCUGGAGUGACGGACGAGUUGGCUGGGUUAGUCCACCGAUAGGACCGGUGUUAACCUUUUCGUCAGCUUUUGCAGGUAGAUCGGGUGACCAGACCACAGGUCAAUUACACAAAGGACUGACGAACAAGGACCUAGUAUCUAUUAUGGAACGAGUGGAGAUCCAUAGCCUGAAGCUCUAUGCACUGACGCCUAGGCAUUUGCGGGUGAGCUGGACUGUGGAAGAACCACCAGGCAUUCUUCAACUAAUCAAUGGGUUCACAAUUUACUACCGUGAGGCUAACAUCCUACGAUGUAUUGCCGCUAAUUUAAAUCUGCUAAAUUCCGCCGAGACGGCAGACGUAGCAGAAAACGAGAGUGCCUAUUGUAGCCUGCAGAUAAGAGAAGGUGAUUCCAAAAGUCAACUGUAUCUACGUCUACAAGACUUCCAGCGUCUACGAACCAUUGCACACCAGCCCAAGGACAGUCAGUAUACACCCAAAACAAGUUCGACAAUGAGUUUAGAUGUGAAAGCCGACUUUGUCCCCAACGAAAGGCAACUUGAACAAAUGCAUCCUGUGGUGCUUGAGGGAUCCGGGCUUUUGCGCGAUCUUGAACCGUUUCGGUGCUACGAAGUCAGUGUAAAGUCUCACUUAACCAAUGGUUUACUUGGAAAAAUCGAGGGGCGAGAAAGUGUUGCCCACACUGUUCUGACUUUCGAGAGUUUCCCCAGUCUUCCUCCCGAUAGAAUCGCAGCCCUUUGGGUGUCUGCCACGGAAGUUGAACUGACCUGGACCGCGCCACCAGUGUCUGCAUGGAACGGCCUUUUGUCCGGCUAUGCCAGCUAUGUUUAUGAUGAAUUUGCACACAACUAUCAAACUUUCAAUACAACAAUCAAUUCGGAGAUGAAAAUACGCAUUCGCGGUUUGACAAGCCCGAGCGCAUACUUUAUACAAAUGGCUGCAGUAACCUGUAAAGGUGUUGGCUUACGCAGCAAACCGCUCAAACUGAAUCCAGAUUUGCGGCAACCAGGUCUUGGUGUUGGAUGGGGUUAUGAUGAACGUACAGGUUUACCUGCCAAAACCCAGUCAAAUAAGAACCAGCCCGGGAAUGUAAAGCCUUUUAUUCAACAACCAUGGUUUAUAAUUAUUCUGGUUAUCAGUAUUGUCCUAUGGAUCACGUUAACUACGCUGAUUGUGUGUUUUUGUCGCCGACAACGCUACACCCUACGGAAAACUGCAGGAGCCGUACUGAUUACCAAUAACUCACAUUCCACAUCGCUGACAGGUGAUAAUGGAGUGAAUGCGCAGGGGUCCAUAGACGGGCGUCGAACUGGUCGAUUUAUGAAAGGAACCAACAAUGUUCAACUGGAACCGUUAAUUUCCCCUGCUCCCUUCAAAUCUGAUUUGGAAAUGUUUGCCAGUCUACCAGUUAGUACAAACCAAGUGCACACUACCACCGAGGACGUGAGUAACUAUGGCGUUUAUUCUGUGACGCAGAGUGAGAUGGAUCGGAUCCAGUGGCCGUCGAGAAUGACGGACACGUCAGUCAACCGGAAUUCCGUGUAUCCUGUGUCACAUUCUCUGGUUGAUGGUGUUGGAUUCGUCACAUACGAGUCCAACGGUACACUGGCAUCACGACCUCAAACCAUGUCUCCUCAUGUAACACAAAAUUUCGACUACACCCCAUUGAACCAGCCAGCUUUUCGACCGAUGCUUGUGCCUACGUCGAAUAACUUAGCGAAUCAUCCGCCUAACGGCAUGCCACAACCUCCAACAUAUCUCACCUAUCAGACACAAAUGGUACCGCUUUCACAAUCGACCAUGGAAUUCCCAAAUCCCACUGCCCUUGCCGAGCGGAACCAGGCCUAUUUCCAGGGUACAAGUGGAGGUGGGCUUCCUCCUAUUGCACCCGUGGCACAACUUGGAAGUCAUCUGGUUGUAAUGGAACGUGGGACACCCUCGUCUGUUAUCGAGAGUGUUGGAUCGUUCGGUUCUGUGGCUCCCUAUGCAACAGCUUCCAUCAUCCAGAAUGUCCUACCCCCUGAGCCUCAGUCCUAUCUGCGAAAUUUGGACAAGCGAUUGGAUUCUGACUGUGACAAAACCGAGGUUCAUAACCAUUCUGGGACUAACUCACAGUCAUCGAUGAGUGAAGGAAGCUCUUACUCGACUAAGCGACUCCCCAACAUGGAACGCCUACGAGAUCAACGAGCUACAAUUUCACCGGUACGAAUCUGUGGACCAAACACGGAACAUUCAGUACUAGAAUCUCAGAGCUGCGUUGCCACGCCUGCAAAACAUGUGAAUUCCGAUAUGCCAGUUGGUUCACACAACACCUCAUCUUCUCAGAGUAAAUCUGUAUCUACCGCCUCGACGACCACUCAGCAAAGCGAAGAAAGUAAUAAAAACUUGCGUAAUCGAUCACCAGGAUCUGUAACUCAAGGUUCCGGUAGUUCUGGUCCAACAAGAAAUGUGGCCUUCACCAGUCCGAGCGGAAAUUCCGCGACCGAUAGUAUUUACUCAUUUGCUGAUGAUAACAUACCACCUCCGCCCGCAUCACCUCCACCACCAGCUCCGACAAAGCCUAUCAACAUCCCGUUCAGAUACAAAGAUUUCGACCAGUGUCAGACAUCUGACCGUUCCAGUUCAUGCUUGUCCCAUUUCCCCGACCCUCGCAUCCCUUCUCGCUUGCCAGAAACAAGAAAAGAAAAUCGACCUGCUGUGUAUGACAUGAAUGCUGAGUCCUCUGACGACGAAUCCGACAGCACAUAUUCCCAUAGAAUGACCAAUAAAAGCCUAGAGCACCACCGACCUUAUCUAUUUACUGUGGCGAAUGGACCAGUUACGUCUAAUUUCGGCACUUCCAUCCACGUACCUCUGGCAGCGGACGAGCCGCAAAGCUCAACCUAUGCUCAGGUCUACUAG